GGCGGUUGGCGCGGGGCGAGCGGAGGGCUCGGCCUCAGAGGUGGAGCCGGGACGGGCAGGCUUGUCACACGGCUUCCUAGCGGAGCGGCCGCCGCCACCGCUUUCAGCUGCGACUAGUCUUGCUAGGACGCAGUGUGGCGCCGCAGACUCGAGCCUGCUCUCCCGAUUCUUGCAAAAUGGCUGAAAAUUUGGAUGAAUUUAUUAAAGAGCGAAAAGCCAAAUUGGCCAAAGACAGAGCAGAGUUGGAACGUGAUCCACCUUAUAUGGAAAUGAAGGGAAAAGGAUCAGAACAACUCUCUGAAAAUAGUAAAAUACUAAUUUCCAUGGCUAAGGAAAACAUACCACCAAACAAUCAACAGACCAAGGGUUCCUUAGGAAUCAAUUAUGGAUUAAGUUUACCACUUGGAGAAGACUAUGAGCAGAAGAAACAUAAAUUAAAAGAAGAACUGCGGCAAGAUUAUAGACGUUAUCUUACUCAGGGAAUUGCACAAGCAAAAAGAAAGAAAAAUUUUCUAUCCACGAGUGAAAUAGAUCCGUCUACUUUGGGAGUUUCUCUUCCUAUUGAUGAAAGAUUAUCUGCCAAGGAAAGGUUGAAACUUGAACGCAACAAAGAAUACAACCAAUUUCUCAGGGGUAAGGAAGAAACCAUUGAAAAAUUCAGAGAUAUAGAGAAGACUAUUGAGUCCAAGAAUCAAAGAAAUAAAAAGCCUAAUAGUCAAGUUAAGCCUGAUCUAUCUUCACAAAUAAAGACAUCUUUUGAAAAUUUGGAGGGUCCUAGGAGAGAGGUUAUAAUUCCUUCAGAGGAAUAUGAAGAGCUUCUAAACCAAAGACGAAUAGAGGAGGACCGGUAUCGACAACUAGAUGAUGAAAUUGAAUUAAGGAAUAGAAGAAUCAGUAAAAAAUCUAAUGAAGAUCAGGGCAUUUCCAAUAGAAAACAUCAGAGAUUUGCCAGCAAGACUGAUGCUUCAACUAGAAGAUCAUAUAGGCUGAAUGAGGAUCAUGCUUUUGAUAGACAGUAUUACAGACCAGACAAAGAUCCUGAAGUAAGUGAAGAAAUGGACGAGAGGUUUAGAUUUGAAAGUGAUUUUGAUAGAAGAUUUUUGAAAAUGUAUCCAAAUGACAGGAUGUUACGGAACAGACGGGGAAAUGUGCCUCGUAUGGAGCAUGAUGGUGAUGUCACAGAACAGUUAAACAUACGAAUCUCAUCAGCUGGAAAUGAAAGUGCUCCUGCCAGUGAACCAUCCAGAACUAAUCGAGAGAUAUGUAGUCCUUUUGCAGGGAUGCUUUUUGGUGGUGAAGAUCGAGAACUCAUUCGGAAAAAGAAAGAGAAAUAUAGACUCGAAUUAUUGGAACAAAUGGCUGAACAACAAAAAAACAAGAGACGAGAAAGAGAUUUGGAACUCAGAGUUGCAGCUACUGGUGCACAAGACCCUGAGAAGUGGUGGAGUCAAUUUCUCACAUCAUUGCAGUUAAGUAAGAAGGAGCCUGAUAGACUAAAGCAGUUUAGUGUGACACCAAGACCCUUUGAAGAGACGCUUCCACCUGAGAGACCCAGAGUAGCUUUCCAGACACCUCUCCCUCCUUUAUCUGCCCCAUCUGUCCCACCCAUCCCAUCAGUGCACUCCAUCCCACCUCAAAGUGAAGAUUUGCAGAAUGGAUUCAGCAGCACCCUUGGUGAAAUGGUGCCUCCCAGGAUUGUACCUCUGCCUCCACCUCCUGUGCUACCACCUCUGGCUGCAAACUAUCGGACUCCUUAUGAUGAUGCUUACUAUUUUUAUGGAGCCAGAAAUACUUUGGAUCCUAAUCUUGCUUAUUAUGGCUCAGGAAUGACGGGAGUACAACCUGCAGCUUAUGUUAGUGCUCCUGUCACCCAUCAACCACAUCCUAUUGUGAAUACAGUUGGCGAAGUGAAAGUGACAAGUGAUCGAGCAGUAAAUUCAGGAUUAAUUUUUGAAGAUAAACCAAAGCCUUCAAAACAGUCUCUUCAGUCUUACCAAGAAGCUUUGCAACAGCAGAUUAGGGAAAGAGAAGAAAGGAGAAAGAGAGAGCGUGAAGAAAAAGAAGAAUAUGAAGCUAAAUUAGAAGCUGAAAUGAGAAGUUAUAACCCCUGGGGAAAAGGUGGAGGUGGUGCUCCUAUUAGGGAUGCAAAAGGAAAUCUGUUAACUGAUUUGAAUAGGAUGCACAGACAAAAUAUAGAUGCCUACCAUAACCCAGAUGCAAGAAUAUAUGAAGAUAAAAGGGCUGUUGUAUCUCUAGACAAAAAUUUAGCCACUUCAAAUGCUGAAAACCUAGAAGAUUCUGCAAAUAAAAACUCAGGUUAUAUGCAAUCACAGAGCUCACCCUUUGCCCGGGGAAACGUAUUUGGUGAGCCUCCAACCGAACUUCAGAUCAAACAGCAAGAAUUAUAUAAGAACUUUCUUCGUUUUCAGAUUGAGGAAAAGAAACAAAGAGAAGAAGCAGAGCGAGAGAAACUGAGAAUUGAAGAAGAAAAGGAAGAAAAGCGGCUUGCAGAGCAAAGGGCACGGAUUCAACAAGAGUAUGAAGAGGAGCAAGAAAAAAAAAGGGAGAAAGAGGAGGAGCAAAGGCUGAAAAAUGAAGAACUUAUACGGUUAGCUGAAGAAAGACGAAAAGAAGCAGAAAAAAAGAAAAGAGAAGAAGAAGAAAGACAUAAUCUACAACUUCAGCACUACUAUGAGAGAGAAAAUUUGACUGGAGGUGAAACCAAUCGCCUGAGACAACCUUCUCCUGUAGUUCCUGCUCUUCAGAAUAAAAUAGCAAGCAAGCUGCAAACACCUCCUUCUGCCAACAGCAUUCUAAGUUGCUUUUCUCAAGAAAGUUCCAUAUGCAGAACACAGUCUCCUCCUGUACCUGCCAGGAAAAAUCAGCUUCGAGCCGAAGAGGAGAAAAAAAACGUAAUUAUGGAAUUAUCAGAAAUGAGAAAACAACUUCGAAGUGAAGAACGGCGUCUCCAGGGACAGCUGCUACAAAUGGAUAAUGAUGAUGAAAUUCAUUUAAGGAAAAGAGAAAGGAAUCCCAUGUAUAUAUUUGACAAGGCUAGACACCGGGUACAAGCACCUGUCAGAAGACAAUCACCAAAGGGCUUAGAGCCCACUACAUAUCAGAAUAUUUUUGACUUUAAUGAGCUAAAGGGUAAAGAUUCAGACACUCGGUAUGAUUUAAAAUUUAUGUACCCUUAUCCUCCAAGAGAUCGUCACACUUUAGAGAUUCAGCAGCAAGCUUUACUGAGAGAGCAGCAGAAGAGACUGAAUAGAAUGAGGAUUCAGGAAGAUGCUAACAUUUACUUGGGUGCUGUAUCAGGUGCUAAAGCAAGAGAUCACAGCAUGCCCAGAGAUGAUGACAAUGACUUCUUGAAAAAUUCUUUAUUAGAAUCUGAUAGUGCUUUUAUUGGUGCCUACGGUGAGACGUACCCUGCCAUCGAAGAUGAUGCGCUGUUUCCUUCACCGCAGCCUCCCUCUGCCAGGGAGCGCAGGAGGAACAAAAUGAAGGAUCUGGAUAUUGAUAAUAGUCGUCCUGAAGUACCACCAGAUAAUCUCUCUUUAAAAUCCAUAUCCAGUAUAAGUAUUGAUCAACUUAGAACAAGAAAUGAGGAACGGAUGCGAAGACUGAAUGAACUUCAGAAUAGGCCUAUUAAUACAGAUGAUGAGAGUUCCCUGGUUGACCCUGACGACAUCAUGAAGCAAGCAGGUGAUGAUGGAUCCAACUCUGUCGCCACUGAACCCUGGCUCCGCCCUGGCACCUCAGAAACACUGAAAAGAUUCAUGGCAGAGCAUCUGAACCAGGAGCAGCAGCAGGUUCCGGGCAAACCAGGCACUUUCAAUUGGCAGGGCCUGUCCACUGCACAUGGUUAAAGUGGAUUUGUUCUGACACAGCAGUGCCUUUAAAGUGGGAAAAGAAUGUUGAAUUCUAAUCUUUAGUAUACAUGUGCUACUUCUGACCUUUGGAGGUUUUCAUGUUCCAUCUGUAUAUUGUAUCUUCUUUUCCAUGAUGAUGUAUAUGAUGUAUAUAAUGUACAUAAAUAAAAGGCCAUGAUUAUUAAUUUAUAUAACGUAGAAUUGUAAAGAAUUAUUUUUGCACAAUUUUGUCAUAAAUUAGGGUGAUGAUAAAUUCUUGGAAUCAGCUACCGUAUGUGCAUUAUUUUAAAUUCUGCUUGUCAAUAAGGUGAAUAAAACAGUACUGUAAGACAGUACUGUAAGACAGUACUGUAAAACCAGAAUACCCUCUUAUAUGUACGUUUGCUACUGCUAUCUUUAUUCAGAGUAAUUCAUUUAGUAAACAUAAAUAUACUAAUUGUAGCUGUGACUACAUUUCAGUUGCUAUGUAAUGGAAAUCAGAUGUACUAGUUAUUUAUAGCUACUAUUCAAUAUAAUGGGAAUCAGAAUUGAUUUUAUUUACAAGAGCCAUGCACCAAAUGUUACAUCUUCUGCCUCUAUUUUUGUGCCAAAGGCAUUGUCUUAUGUUUACUAAUUUAUAUGAUUUAACUAUUUCCUGAUAGAAAUAAAUUAUUUUCAUUA